UGGAGUGCUAUUAAAGUUAUUUACAUUGGAAAGUUUCUCCUAAUAAUAGUGGCUUUGUUCAUUUUCCCACAGAAAAACAUACUAGUUGAAAAUGAUGUGAAGAUAGACAAAGAUGGCCUCACUAACCUCUAUGUUCAGCAUGCCAUACCAUUGCCUCAGCGGGACUUACCCAAAAGUAGAUGGGGGAGAAUGAUGGAAAAGAAAAGAGAGUUACAUGAAACAAAAACAGAGAGUAAAAGUGUUACAACUGUGGAGGGUUUACGGAAGCGACCACUAAUUGUAUUUGAUGGCAGUUCAACAAGUACAAGUAUAAAAUUGAAAAAGAAGGAAGAUGGAGCUAAUGAUCGCAUAAAACCUCCUCCAGCUGGAAUCACUGCCAGGAGAUUAUCUGUUCCUUCAAAUGCCUCAACACAUAUUUCAGCCUCCAGUUUAUCACAGGAAGCGAAACUGGAAAUUAGGAAGAAUGAAGCUAAACAGAACAGUGUUUCAAUGACUAAUAGUGUAUUGGCUAAUCUGAAAUUUCCACCUUUAACCCCUGUAGCAGGAGCUGGUGUUGUGAAAUUAAAGAGAGGCGCUCCAAAAGAAGAAUCUGAAUCAGCGAAUGACCUGAAACCUACAGAAGCAAAGAAGAAAAUCCAGCAUGUAACAUGGCCAUGAAUUUUUGGGGGUCCUAGAAAUGUAAAAUAUAUCACUCCUAUAGUUCAAAACAGUUGAAGUACAUAUUUGAAGUACAUUUUUCUUUAAAAUAUACAGGGAUUCACAUUAUUAUGGAGUUUUCUUAACAAGUUUGAAAGCUUCCUAAUAUAAAAUUGGAAUCCUAUUCUCACCAAUCACCUUAAAAGUGUUUACCGUCUUGUACUGAGUGGUUUCACUUCCCCUUCCAAAGAUGGUGAUGUUGCAAGAAACUAAAAAAUACUACUUUUGAAUUUUCAAGUAUAUUAUAGUUCAUCUCCUACGUAUCCUUGUAAGACACCUAUGUGACCUUAUAAAUGUUCAUAUUUUAUGCUGUUUAACUAAAUUCAGUUGAGUAGGUCAUGUUCUGGCUCUAAAUACCUUUAACACAAUUGUUGAGGUUCCAAGUGGUAUGAAAGAUUGUGUAUCCAAACCCUGCUUGGUUUCCAGAAGAUAGUUACUUAAACAAUAUAGUGUAACAUCAUCCUAUUGACAGAUUUUAUUCUAGGGAAACUAUUAUUAUUUUUGUUAUACAGAACAAAACUACAGAAUUGUAUUUGUAUUACAAUUAAAAUACAGAUUAAGUUGGUAAUAGAUGAACUAUGUAAAAUCUUUGCUUCAAAUUGAAGCUUCUAUAGUCAUUUGAGAUUAAAAAAUGCACAUGGAAGCACAUUAGAAUCUGUAUUCAGUAUGAAUCUGAGGAAAAGUAAUGAAUGGAUUAGUGCCAUGCUCUUAUAUAUACACAUUUCUGUGUGUGUAUGCAACAAGCUUCUUUUGUUACAAUAAUGCCUGUUAAAAUAAAGUGGGAAAUCACGGAAUGCAGGCCAGCACUCUCCUAUCAACAGCACAUCAAGAGGUACCAGUCAUGGCACUGAGAGUUAGAAUACUAUACUCUUAGCAAUGUUUUGCCUCUCUCCUACCUGUGACCGUUUUGAAAUAAGAUUGUUGGUUUUUCUUUGAAUCCCAGUGGAUUCCAUCUAGGUUAUUGUGUGGUGUAGCACACUGGAUCUGGUCCUAUGUUCAUUAAAAUCAAUGACAGUGGGCCAUUGAUUCCAGUGGUUUAGUGGGCCUGAUCCUGCACCUACUUUGGUGUAUGUGGUAAAUAGUGACGUUUCUAUGCAACAAUUAACAUGAAAUCUGUGUACCUCUAAUAUUAAAGCUUUUCCUCCACUGAAUUUAAACACGAAAAGACCUUUUGGUUGGCUUAAUGAGCCAGUUUAAAAUGCUGUCAGCACCAAUCUGAAAGCUUACUUUGAAUUUUUAAAAUGUGUGUAUAUAUAUUAAAAAUAUGAACAGUAGUCUACAUCAGACAUAAUUGUGACAGGAGUUUCCCAUUCAUUAUUGUGGAAUCAAAGGCAUGUCUGAAUGCUGUAAAAUAGAAUGAUGUAUGUUUUUUUAAAUAUUGUGUGCCCGUAUCCUUUUACUAAACACUAAAACCUGUGUGCAGGUUUUAUACUUCAGUAUAGCAAAGUUUCAAAUUAAUGUACAUUUUGUAUGUAAAGAGUGGUCUUUUAAGUAGUUUUAUCCUAUUUAAAUAAACUGAAUUAAAUAUAAUCAUGUAAGUAGUAUAGAUCAAUUCCGUAAUGUAAUUUAAGCCUAUUUAGUUGAAAUAGUGAUGCUGAAGAGUACUCAGUCACUGAGGCUACUCCAUAAAGUUAAGCAUGUGCAUAAGUGUUUGCAAUAUUGUGGUUUGUAAUUUUAGUCAAUGUUACACUUUUCUUUAUUUUGACGUCUUGCUCAGGCAACCAGAAUUGUGACUCACUAUGGGCAUGUCUAGAUUACAUUUUAAUUUCGAAAGAGGAUAUGCAAAUUCUGUGGG